GGGGGCUGUGCUGGAGGAUGCUGCCCUGACCCCGCCGCUCGCCCCGCCAUGGCCGUGUGCCCCGGGGGGAUCCCCGCCGAGCUGCAAGAGGGCAUCGCCACCUCCCUGGGGGCAAAGCAGAUCCUCCUGCUCAAAAGCGUGCAGCUGCAGGUGAAAUCCAAGUACGACGACUUCAUUUUGGUGCUGACACCCUGGCGAGCCUACGUGCUGCUGGCCAUGCUGCCGGUCAGGGUGCACAGCAGCUUCAGCUUCCUGGAGGUGAGGGACAUCACCGUGCGAGAGCCCAGCGUGGUUGCCAUAGAAACAGACACAUCCUCGUAUGCCUUCCGGCUCAUGUCCUUCGAUGACUUGGAGCAAGUCGUUGUCCAUGUCACCAUGUCACUUAAGAAGGUCUUUCCAGACUCAUCCCCUGGGACGUUGCUCAAGAACUCACCCCCCAACCUGUACGAAAGGAUCCGGAUGGUCACAGAUUCACUGGAGGAAAUGCUGCAGAGCAACCAGGGGCCCUGUGGUGGCUUUUCAGAGACAUACGCUGCGUUAUGUGAUUACAAUGGCUUUGCCUUCCGUGAGGAGAUCCAGUGGGACGUGGACAACAUCUAUCACGGCCAAGACUGCCGGGAGUUCAACCUGCUGGACUUCAGCCACCUGGAGAGCAGGGACGUGGCGCUCAGCGUGGCCGCCUUGUCCUUCAACCUGUGGUUCACAAAGCUCUCCUGCAAGGACUUCAGGCUGAACCAGGAGAUCGCCGAGCAGCUGCUCUACAUGCUGAGCAAGUCGGUGAUGCUGGAGGAGCUGGUGCUGGAGAACAGUGGGCUGAGGGGUGACUUUGCUCAAAGGAUGGCUCAGGCCCUCAGCAGACAUCCCGAGUCUGUCCUGCACACCAUCAACCUCGCUGGCAACCAGCUGGAAGACAGAGGGAUAAUUGCUUUCAGCCGGCUCUUUGAGGAGAGACCCAGGGGCCUGCAGAGCCUCAACUUGGCCAGGACAACGCUUACUGCUAAAGGGAUGAACGCGCUGUGCCAGGCACUCGCAGCCAACGAAGCCAUCAGCUCCUCUCUUCGGCACAUGGACCUCUCAGGGAACCCUGGCAGCCUGGCCAUGGAGGACACCAGUAGCUUGCAGAGCCUCCUGGGCCGGUGCAGCUCGCUCACACACCUCAGCCUGGCUGCCACUGACUGCUCUCUGGACACCCUCUUUGGGGCACUGGUCCGUGGAUGCUGUGCCAGCCUGGUCCAUCUGGAUCUCUCCAAAAAUGUGUACUCACACCGAAGGGUGAAAACCAUCUCUCCUAGUGUCAAGCAGUUCUUCAGUCAGGCCUGUGCACUCAGGCACAUCUCCAUGGCGGGGACCAAGCUGCCUCCAGAUGCUGUCAGGGCUAUGCUGCAAGGACUGGCGUACAACAGCCACAUCAGCGACCUGCACCUGGAUCUUAGCAGCUGCGAGCUGAGGUCAGCAGGAGCUCAGGUCAUCCAGGACCUCAUUCCCGAUGCCACUGCCAUCAGCGACCUGGAUCUGUCUGACAACGGCUUUGACUCUGAUAUGGUGACGCUGGUGCUGUCCAUUGGCAGAAGCAAGUCCAUCCGGCACGUCUCUUUGGGAAAAAACUUCAACAUCAAAUCCAAGGAUGGGCUGCUGGACGUCCUGCACCGCAUCGUCCAGCUGACCCAGGAGGAUGACUGUCCCCUCCAGUCCCUGUCUGUGGCCGAGUCACGCCUCAAGCUGGGCACCAACGUCCUGCUGAGCGCCCUGGGCAGCAACACCAGCCUGACCACACUGGACAUCAGCGGCAACGCCAUGGGGGACACCGGUGCCAAGAUGUUGGCCAAGGCUCUGCAGAUCAAUACGAAGCUCAGGACCGUGGUGUGGGACAGGAAUAACACCACUGCCCUCGGACUCCUGGAGGUGGCUCAGGCUUUGGAGAGGAACUACACCCUCAAAUCCAUGCCCUUGCCAAUGAGCGACGUGGCACAGGCGUACCGGAGCAACCCCGAGAGGACAGAGGAGGCGGUGCACAAGCUCCAGUCCUGCUUGGCGAGGAACCAGACACGGCGCGCCCUGCCCACGCAGACCUUCCGGCUGCAGCAGGGCAUCCUGACCUCCUCCUCUGAACAGAUGGUGAAUGAGAUCUGCUCGAGUGUGCAGAAACACGUCGACAUCCUGAGCUCCUGCGUGGGCAGGGAGAUGGAGGCAGACAUCCUCCGUGCUGAGGAAGCCAUCAGGAAUGCUAACCUGGCCGUCAGUAUCUUGCCCAUGUUGUACGAAGCAGGGAAUGCCCCACACCAGAGCGGCAAGCUGCAGCACAAGCUGGAGUGCCUGGUGGAGGAAGCAUCGCAGACCUGCGGCCGGGAAAUCCAGGCCAUCAUGCAGGCGGUGCUGGACGCGGCGCACAACCUGUGCCCCCCCAUAGUGCAGAAGAGCGGGGCGAGGGACCAGCUGGUCAACGCCAUGUCGGAGCGCAUCCACCUCCAGGAGCACCUCAACCUCAGCGCCAUCCUGGACCAGAUGGUCACCGACGUCUUCAGCAAGCUGAAUGAGAUCAAGCUGUCCGUCACCGCUGCCGUGGCCGACUGCAUCGUGGAUGCUGUCCUGGGAGAUCUGAUGGCUGCCCAGUGCAAGCUGGCAGAGAGCCUCCCCACGCAUGGGCCGGACCUCCUGGAGCCUGCUGAGGACGAUGCUGCUGUGCCGGCACGGGGCAGGAACCCCUCUGAGCUCAACGAGAGAGGCUUCACAACAGAGGAGUACAAGAUGGCCCUGCGGAGGAAAAACAAACACUUCAGGAGCAUUCGGCCCACGCUGACUGUGAGAAGUCUCUCGGAGCUGGAGCUGCCGGCAGCCGGGAAGGCUCGUCCUGCUCCCACAAAGGAUGCCGAGCCCUCCGCCGGCGCGCAUCCCGGCACGCCGCCCGCCCAAGCCCUCAUGGACCUGCCGACCGCCGGGGAGAGGCUGGAGCACUGCACCAAAGCCAGGCCCAGGCCCAACCGCCGGCACAAGCAGCCUCCCAGCAAGCCCACCGUACAGCCUGUGGCCCAUGAGAACAGUGAGGACAGGAGCAUCACCCGCGUGGAUGAGGGCCUGGAGGACUUCUUCACCAAGAGGCUCAUCACCGAGGAGCUGCCCAGCCCCACAGUGCUGGAGAGCGGCCCAGGCUCAGCCCCUCUGGCGUCCUCCAGCUCUCGCACCCUCAAGAAGAAAAUUGGGAAUUUUUUUGCUUUCAAGAAGCCCAAAUCCAGCCGGAGCUCACGGUGUGAAAAGGAGCCCGAGGGCGGUGCGGCGGCCCCCAGGAGCAGGCGGUCGAUGCUCAGUGACAUUUUACGGGCUCCCAGCAAGGCGGGCGAGCCGGGCAAGGCUCUGAGCAAAUCUGAGGAAGGGGCACUCAGCGCCGAGCCUGAGCACAGCCAGACCCCUGAGGCUGCCCGCAGGAUCAGGCCCAAGUACUCAAGGGAGGGCAAAUCCCAGUCCCUCAUCCUACUGCCUGGGGAGGAUGAGGAGGCACUGGGGGUCAGGCAGGACAAGAAGAGACACCUGGAGAAGAGCGAUGGGGAGCUGCCCAACUCCUUCGAGCAGCGCGUCCACAUCAUGCUGCACCGCAUGGGUGUCACCAAGGGCCUGGUCACCGAGAGCAAGAAGCAGCAGAGCAAAGACAGCGAGAUCAAGAAGGCCGGUUCAGAUGGGGACAUCGUGGACAGCUCUGCGGACUCCCCACCAUCCCUGAAGGCUCGCACGCACUCCGUGUCCACAGAUGCAUCCCUGCGGGGUCCAUCGGAGCCCAGCCCGGCCUGGAAGGCUUUGGGGCGGCAGCUGAACGCCGAGCUGACAGGUCUGGGCCGCGAGCAGCUCCGGCGUUGUUCAGCCAACCCCGAGCAGAGCGGGCAGCCGGCGUGCCGCGAGGCCUGGAGCAGCAGCCUGCCACGGCCAGGCAGGAGCCCCGCUGGGGAGCCAACCGCCGGCACCGCGCCGCCCGCAUCGCCCUGCUCCGCUGCUGAAGACAACCGCCUGACGCCACGGCUGGCCGUGCUGGGCGCCCGCCGGGCUGUCUCGGUCCACGAGGAGCAGCUCAGGGAGCCAGAGUGCCUGGCGGAGCUGGGAACUGCCACGAUCCCCCUCCGUCUGCGGCGGUCGCCUGUGCUGAAACGCAGACCGGAGGCGAGCGGUGAGCCGAGGCCGGCGGCGGAGGCAGGAGGCACCGCAGCGCAGGAGCGGCUGUGGGCUGCGCCGGAUGAGACACGGACAGCAAGCAGCGCAUCGCACGGGGAGCGGCCGCCAGCCGCAGCACAGACUGUUGUGUGUGCACAAGACUCAGCCGUAGACCAAAGAAGCCCUGUGCAGGGCCUCGGGGAGCCGGCCCUGGGACAGUGAGCCCCUGCAUGCCGCCGCACUGUUCCCAAUAAAACCCUGCAAGCGAGCGCACGGUGAUGGGGUGAUGAGCAAUGGGGAUGUAGGGCUGCUCGGCACCCUGCGUCUGGGCAGCCUCACCGUCUCCUCGUGAAGGAAGCAGCCCAAGGGCAUCGGCACAGAAGGACUGGGGCUGUCGGGCUGGACUCCGGCCGGGCACAGAGCUGCAGCCCCAGAGCCCCCACGAAGGGCGGAGGAGCACAGAGCACCAUGCCCAUCUCCGGCCCAUGGGCACAGGCCGCUGUGCUGCAGGUGGUGGCACGGUUAGGACAGCUGCCCCUCCAGCACCCCGAGGCCCACGGAUCUCGCAGCAUGACCUCCAACCAUCACCUUUCCAACCACUGCCCUGCCGCUCCCAGCCGCCACCAGCAUCACCCCAAACCCCACUUUGGCUUUCUCCCGUGGCAACCGCGAGCAGAUCAUCUCCCCUCCACCUCUGGACCAAAUGCAUUCCCUGCACCGAUGUUUACGACACAGAAGCAAGAUGCUUGGUUGGUUUUUGGUUUUUUUUUUUUUGGUUUGUUCCCCCUCCCCCUU